AUGAAUCGCGUGAUUUUGGAUAGAUAUGCACAUUUGACGACAAACCAAACAGUAAACACAGUACCGGUAUCAGACUUUAAGCCUCUAGAAACCCUGUGGACGGGUAGUUUUGGAAAAAUGAUCCUAGCCCAUCAUAAUCCGUCCGGUCAGACGAAAACCGUCAAAAUGGUCAACCUUGUGUCAACGACCGGGAAGACGAAACAACUUGAAAAACAGAGAAACACAGAAAAAAACGUAAUGUCGUCGAUUGCCAGGUUUCCGUUCAUUGUGAAAUUAGAAUAUCUGGCCAUAGACGCGCAAUGGAUGUACCUGGUGAUGCCUAUUGUGACGGUCGGCAACCUUUUUGACCUUAUAGCCCAACGAGGACCGCUGGACGAAACUGCAGCUCGAUUUUUUUCAGCUCAAGUACCUAUAUGAUUUUUGCUACAAACCGUUCAUUUUUUUAAUAAAAAUUAUACGAUAUAUAUAUAAAGCAGUGGUCCCCAACCAUUUUAUUAUACGCUUUCUCUGUAGAUUUACAAAAAUCUAUUGCCCCCCGCCCCUCUUAACAAUGCGCUAAGCAAAAAACCAGUCAUCAACAAAUAUACAAUAUAAUAUUAGUAUAAAGACCGAUAAGCAAACAAUCUUUAUAAAAAUUAAAGCCCUCCCUAACACUAUCACUACAUUGUAAAAUAAUAAUAAUAAAAUGUAGUGAUACCUUAAUGUGAAAAAUACCUUUCUAAUUUUACUUUUUGAUAACUGCUUGCGUGUCCCCAGCAAUGUAUUCACGCCCCCCCAGUUUGGGAAACACUGAAAUAGAGUAUUCACACAGUAUAAUUAAUUUAUUGUCGUUGCACCGUACCGCAGAUAAAAUCAAAUUUAUUUCAUCAUCAAGUUUUGCGUGCGGCGUGGCGCGGGUAUUUUUAUUACCCCGCAUUUUUUUGUUGUCGUAUUAGGAAAUCUGUACUUAUUUUACCAGGUUUGUUUUUUUUCCACACCGCAGUAUUGCCCAGAUUCAAUUGGGACCUAGCGUUAAUCGGCAAAUUCGACUGUCAGUCGGUAUUACACUAUAUUGUAUACUUAUGUAGUAAAAUCAAAUCGAAUGAAAAAAAUUUCUGGUGUAAAAACCAGUCUUUUUAUGUUAAUAAUCACAAUUGUGAAUAAUUAAUGUUUAAAAGUGAGCACUAUUAAUAAUUUACCGGUACGCAAAAUAUACCCAGUACCUACGUACCUGCGUCCAGAUAAAAGAUCCUGGUGCCACCACUGUGUUCCUGUAUGGAUUGUCCGUAUACAUUAUAUCUCUCAUACAAUUGUGAAUUUCGGAACGAGGUGUUCGUAAACGAUUAGUUAGGAUCUAAAGAAGGAUUCCUUACCAAUUGAUUUUUAGUCCAAUUGGUUAAAAAAACUAAACGGGUUUUUGUACUCAUUGAGAGCUUAUGCUACUUUGAUACUCCGGUUUUGAAUCAGUUUAUUUUUCUUAAGAUAAUACUCGGCAUCGAGUUCCUUCACGCAGUGGGACUGGUGCACAGAAACCUCAAACCAGAAAAUGUUCUCGUAAACAUCAACGGUUACGUGCGGCUGGCCGAUUUCACGAUGAUGAAGCUGAUCGGCCGGGGAAGGACAUACACGCUGUGCGGAACCCCGGAUUAUAUGGCGCCCGAAUUAAUCAAGUUCAAAGCGUAUGGUCUGGCGGUGGACUACUGGAGCCUGGGCAUCAUGAUUUACGAAAUGAUAGCUGGACGUCCGCUGUUUUUCGGGUCCGACGUCAGUAUUUUGUUCAAAAACAUUUUGUUUGGCGUGUACAAAAUUAACUACGAGUUCAGCCCACCACUCCAAAGCUUGAUCAGAGGCCUAAUCCAGGCAAGUAACACCGGUAUUUAUACCUUCAAUAUUAUAUCGGACGAUAGAUUCCCGUGAGGUGCUGCAAUAGUGUACGAUACGUCGUGAUGUGUUUAGCAACGUGCAAAAUUAAAUGAGUUUUUUUUUUUGAAAUUUACCGAUCUAUUGGUUUUUUUUUGUUGCAAAAUAUACAAAAGUCAAUAUAUUGCAUUAAAAUAUUGGGCAAGAAUAUAAAUUGAAAUUUCGGGAGAGGUCGAAUACUUCCAGUACGCGUUUCCCUACUCAUCGUCAACUUAAUUAACUCACAUGUUUUUAAUAAAAUGUUCUAUUAUCCUGUAGAUAAUAACGCCAAUAAGAAAUUUUAAUAAAAAAGCAGAUAUGUAUGUUAUUUAUAAAAAAUAUAUUAUUUUUGUGAAUAUAUACGUAAUGGGCAGUGAUAGUCCCACGAGGAUUAAUAUUAUACUAAACAAAUUUACUGCAGGAUACUGCAUAAUAAUUUCUCUCCCGUGCAGUAUACAUUUUUUCUGCUUAUUGAAAUCGCUAUAACUAAUAAAUUAUAUGUUAAAUAUUGGAUAUUAAAAAGCACAAGAGAAAAAAAAUCUGUUUUAGGAUAAUGGGGAUAAGUGUAGCCACUGUUGUAGGUGAGAAGUUGAGAAGAUAGAAGUAGAAGAAGAGAAAUUUAAUGUAUAUUUAAAAGCAAUAAUAAAUCAUUGAUAACGAAUAAACGAUUCUGAGCGGAGUUUAGUUAGUGAUAGAUUGAUAUAUAGUUUAAGGAUUUUGUUAACAAUAUAAUAUUAUGGUAAAAUAAUUAUAUAGGCAUUAUGUAUUUUCUUAAUAAUAUUUGUUUAACAUUGUAUUUACUUUCCCGUUUUUCCUAGGGUUUUCCCAUGUUUUUCUCGAUUUUUUCCAUUUAUUGUGAAAACUAGUUAGAAAGUCAAAAAUUACCUCUUUAAAGUACCUUUCCAGUCAGAUUUCUCUUGAGAAAAAUUCCUAUUAUAAAUCGGAGCAAAAUUACUGGUAGAAAAAUCUUAUCAUAGAAAAAUCAUAAACAUUUUUAUAAAACCAUAAACUUCUUCGUUCCACUUGGAAUCUAAAAGAAAAAAAGACACACGAUAUUUUAGACCAGUGGUCUUCAACCUUUUUGGACUCGUGACCCCCUUUUUUUAGGUCUACAUAUUUUGUGACUCACGUAAGCUUUAUAGUAGUACUAUUAAAACUGAAUACAUAAAAAUUACAUUUUAGUAGGUAGAAUAUUUAAUUAUUAUUAAUUGAAAAUGUAUCAAAUUCAUACGAAAAUACAAAAUAAAAUAAAAAUAUGAUACAAAAAUUUAAUGUGAACUUUGUCCUUGAGUGUUUUCACAUAAUAAAUUCCACCUUGGCUAAAUUUGACUAAGCGCUAUCCGUAAAUGAUCUUCAGUUUCAAGUCUAUUUCUUUUAAACGUCUUCAAAUUUGCCAUAGUAGAAAACGCCUUCUCGCAUAAAUAAGUCGUUGGAAAUAUUAAUAAAAUUGAGAUGACUUUAGUUGCUAAUUUUGCGUAAUUUUCCGUGCGCCCAAAAUAUUUCUAAUGAAGUUACACAAAACAUUUGUUUCAAUUUGUUUUAUCACACGAUAACUCAAUUAAUUGAUUUUCAAUGUCAGUAGACAUAUUUACUGUCAUUACAUCUACUGCAAAUGGUUGUUCAAUCCACUCGUAAUUUACUUGAAUAUCAUCAGGAAAACAAUAGUUAGAUAAUUUUUCUAAGUUUGUCAAAUGUUUGUUUACUAAUUCAAAAAUUUCGUUGGUUAAGUUAUCAAUAUUUCGAGAAAAUACUCAAGCUAUUAUUAUACGAAGUUUUUUCUUAAAUGAUAUAUGGUUUUAAACAUCUUGAAAUUCUAUACGAGACUAAAAACGAUUUUAAAGCUGACUGUGAAACUGAUGAAUAUUUUUUUAUGAGUUUUUUGAUUUUUAUGAAAGUUAGGUUUUAAUGAUUUGAAAUACUCUAUCGGUGUUUCUUUUAAAUUUGGAUGUUUUGUAUCUAAAUGCCUUUUUAAUUUUGAUGAUUAUACAUUUUCAUUUGCGAAUAAUUUUCCACAGACUAUACAUUGUGGUUGAAUUAAAUUGUUAUGAUCUCCCAUAAUAAAAGCACAAAAUCCAAAUUUUAAAUAAUUUUCAUCAUAACUUCAACUAAUAAAUUCGGAUUUCUUUCUUUUGCGGGAGUUUUCCUCCGAGUUUGAAGUUGAAGGUACCUGUGAUAACGUUGUCAUGUCUUCAUGAGUAUUAAUUUCACCACUUUUCCGAAUAACUAAUUAAUCCAUUUUAUUAAAUAAUUUAAUUUAUUAAACAACAAAAAUAUAUCAACGCAAAGUUAACGAAAUAAACGAAAAAAACUUUUUAACAGAUACGUAAAUAUUGACUUGAAUAAUAACGCGACUAACAUUUAUCAUCUUUAAACACAGCAAAAACAUCGAUAAUAUUCAUAGAUUACUCUAACGAUAACAAUGUAUAUUAACUCUAUUAAUAGCACAGUUUAUUAGUAAAUUAUUAUAUUCAUUAAUAUUGAAUCAAUAUUUUACUACGUAGAAUCAUACCAGUGUAAUAUGAAACAUUAUACUGUGAUUUGAUAUCCAUUAUAAUAUAUUAUAAACUGAAUUAUAUAAUAUUGUUGAUACAUAAUAUACUACAAAAUUUUUUUAAACUGUAUUUUCAUUUAUUAAUUUUCGAAGUUUAAUAAUUAAAAAAUUAUUUUUUUACCUUAUAUAACUUUUAUUUUAAAAAGAAGACUUAUCGCGACCCAAUUUUAAAGCUUACGCGAACCAAAAAUGGGUCGCGACCCACCGGUUGAAGACCACUGCUUUAGACGAUGGUUGGGCCACUGUUGAAGAUGACAAUUGAGAAGGUAGGAUACAGAGGGAAUUUAAUGUACAUCUCUACGCAACGAUUAAUACAAAUAAUAACGAUUCUGAGCCGAGUUCAGCCAUACGUGUUUUGAAAGAUCGUAAUGUUCACAAUUUUCAUCAAAUUUGAUGAUAAAAUUCUUAUGAAAAAGAAACUAUAUUAAACUAAAAUUUUUAUUUUUUUUAACUACUAAUUACGACUUACAAUGAACCUAUCAAAUUUUCAAGCAUUUCUGUUAAGUCUAACAAUUUAUCUACAAAGUACAUACCAAAUAAUAAUUACGUAAAAAAAACUCGAAAAAUUUAAAAUUGCAUCGGGAAAAUUUUACUACGUCCAGAAAAAGUAAAUAAAAUUUUCUGUUAACAUUUCAAGUCUCUAUAAAUAUUUUACCUGAAUUACAUUUAAAAAAAAACAAAAUUUAAAAUAAUAAGAGAAUUAAUUUUGUAAAUUUCCCCGUAAUUUCUUCGUUUUUUUUGUUAUUUCUCAAUUAUUUAAAAAAACUACAAAGAAAUUCAAAAAACUACUUUUUCUUUCGCCAACUAGAUUAAAAAUUCAAUACAACAAUGAUCUGUUGUCGUUUUUUUAUCAGAGCACUAUUUCUAGUAUAAAAUUGAAUGCGUAUAAAUUUAAAAUAAAUAAAGGAAUCAUAACAUCGUGAAUUGGUCGGUUUUCCGGUUUCAUUUAAUUAUUCUGAAAACCUUUUUAAAAAUCGAAAAAAUGACCAAUACACCAACUAGAUAAAAUUUCCUUUCAGAAAAGCUGUUACACCUUGAUACAUGAAAGCAAAAUUUCUGGUAUAAUAGUUGCUCAUACACAAUAAAAAAAAAUAAGAAAGAAAAUCACACACACAUCAUAUGCACUAAAAAAUAAAAAUAAGCAGGUAAAAAUGCAUUAAAUUCCAUUUUUUAAUUGCCUAUGCUCUCGAAAAAAAUUAUCCAUUAUUAUACGUUUUUCUCUCCAAAAAAUAGCAUACAUUGUUAUUACGUCCCAAUCGGAAACUAUGAACUAAAACGUAUAAGAGAUCUGUUAUAACAUAUGAGGUUUAUCAAUUAUCAGUAGAAAAAUUUAACAAAAAUAGGAGCCUCUUUUUGUGCUAUGUUUAUCCUGGUUUGUGCCCCACUUUGGGAGUUUGUGUAUCAAACCCCGAUAAACUACAAUUUUUUUUUUAGUGGCGAGGGGAGGGGAGUGGUGGCAAGUAUAUGACAUUGAUUCAACCUACUGUAUUACUAUUUAUCAAUGAGUAAUAGUAAAAUAAAUUACUUUAAUAUCAACAAUAUCAUAAAAUAUACUGAGUAAUAUAGGCUAAUAGUCCAGGUUUCAAGCUUCUUUUUUCUUUUUUUUUAUUUCUAAUUAUUUAAUUUAAUAAAAUAUUGUACUUAUACCUAUUAUAAAAUGUAUAUUAUAAAAUUAUUACCAUAUUAUAAAAUGUAUUAGUAUAUUAUUUUAAUUGCGUUUUGUAUAGGAAGACUUGAGCAAACGAUUGGGAAAUUUGAAAAACGGCAUAGGUGAUAUUAAAAAUCACAUUUGGUUCAGAGCGAUAAAUUGGCUGCAUAUAAUUAAUCAACGGACGGACGUACCUUACAGACCGAAUAUAAGAUUUGUAUCACAUGCUAAAGAACCGUCGGAAUUAUGGGAAGACCAAAACGAAUUCACAGAUUUUUAA